CUGGCCUAAUUAAUUACUACGGAGUAUUAAUUAUCAUUGAUUUUUAUUCUUGUUCUUCUUGAUUUAUUUAGUCAUUCAUUUUCACAAUUCCUAAUUAAUUAUUGAGAAUAUUCAACGUACCCCAUGCAUGCAGGUAGAAGAAGCAGAGUAUACAAGGCUUUGCAGCAGCAAGAAAAUCUUGACGGUGAACGGAAGCUUCCCAGGCCCAACUCUAUAUGCCCACAGAGGGGACACCAUUAUUGUCCGAGUCUUCAACAAUGGAAACCAAAACAUAACCCUUCACUGGCACGGGGUGAAACAGCCUAGGAAUCCAUGGUCAGAUGGCCCAGAAUUUAUCACCCAGUGUCCAAUCCAGCCGGGCAGGAAUUUCACCCAGACACUUUUACUGUCCGACGAAGAGGGAACGAUAUGGUGGCACGCUCAUAGCGACUGGUCACGCGCCACCGUUCACGGCGCCAUUAUCGUCUAUCCCGCCAACGGAACUGAUCACUAUCCCUAUGCAAAACCGGAUGUGGAAGUUCCCAUCAUUUUAGACACAUUUAGGUUGACAGUGGAGAGGGGAAAAACAUAUCUGCUCCGAAUGGUGAACGCCGUAAUGAACAACAUCAUGUUCUUCUCCAUCGCCAACCACCAGCUCACGGUGGUCGGAACUGACGGCAGCUACACCAAGCCAUUCAAAGCUGACUACGCCGUCAUAUCCCCCGGCCAGACCCUCGACCUCCUCCUCCAACCAAACCAAACCUCCGAUCAUUAUUACAUGGCCGCCCGCGCCCUGAACACGGCCACCAGGGUCAAGUAUGACAGCACCGUAGCCACCGGCAUCCUCCAGUACUCCGGAAACUACACCCCGUCCUCGGCCCCGUUUUUCCCAGUUCUCCCAGACCACACCAACGAUGCAAGCUCAAUCAACUUCACCCGGAGGCUCCGAAGCUUAGACGACAGUGACCACCCCAUCGACGUGCCGCUGAACGUGACGACCCAUCUCUACUUCACCGUCUCCAUCAACACCCGCCCGUGCAACACGUCAUCGCCCUGCGCGGGGCCCAACGGGACGAUGUUCGCGGCCAGCGUGAACAACAACAGCUUCAUCCUCCCGGGAGUCGACAUCCUCGAGGCCUACUCCGGCCGUUACAGCGCGGCCGGAGUGUACUCGGAUGACUUCCCGCGGGUCCCGCCGCUGGCAUUCAAUUUCACCGGAGACAACCUGCCGCUCAAUCUGCAGGUUCCGGAGAGGAACACGACGGCGAAGGUGGUGGUGCUGGAGUACGGGUCGACGGUGGAGCUUGUGUUCCAGGGGACGAAUUUGGUGGCGGGAAUCGACCAUCCCAUGCACCUGCAUGGGUUUAGCUUUUACGUGGUGGGGUCGGAUAUGGGGAAUUUCGACAAAGAUAAAGAUCCGUUGACCAAGUACAACCUGGUGGAUCCUCCCUUGAUGAACACCAUCGCCGUCCCAAGAAACGCUUGGACCGCCAUUAGGUUCAAAGCCGACAAUCCAGGGGUGUGGUUUAUGCAUUGUCAUUUGGAGAGGCACACGAGUUGGGGGAUGGAGAUGAGUUUCAUUGUCAAAGAUGGGAAGAGACCUGACCAGAAAAUGCUGCCUCCUCCUCCAGAUAUGCCCUUGUGCUAAUAAUAAUAAAUAAUUAUAAUAAUAAUUCUACUCAUAGCAUAAAUUAUGGAAUAUUGU